AUGCCACCUAUUGCGGUCGACACGGGUUCCUCACCGAGGUACAUCGGCACAGUGGUAUCUCCAUCCUGGUUCACGGAUGCUAUAUCCCCAGACGGAGACCCCGACAAUGGCUGUCAUCCUCAAGAAGCACAGGCACUAAGAGACUACCACGAAGGCAAGAUCACUAUCCAGGAGGCGGCAUAUGCCAUUUCCCGUCCGACCGCAACCUCCCAGUCCACCGAACUCAACUGCGAAAGAAACAAAUCAUGGAAUCUUCUCAUCGCCGCUUUAGAAGAAUGGCCCGAACCCGAAAGCUCUCCGAUAUUCGCCCUCCUCAAGGAGAUGGAGAAUAUCCCCGAACCUGCCAUCAGGGAAGAGGCAAAGCAUUCGGUCACAAGCGAUCCCUUCUGGAAAGAAUUACCCGAUGACACGGAUCUGCGGCGCCAGCUGCGGGAGAAGUAUAUCCAUAUCGCGGCGCUUGAGACACGACUAGUCGAUGAAAAGAUUGGACCGAUUUCUCUGGACUGGGGAUACGAGUGUUUGACCGAUGUGUUUGAACGCCGUGAGGCGAUCCCGGAUAUUCAGGUUCUCAUGGCAGCGGAGUGGCUAAAGCGUCUUGCGAGACGGAUCUUCGAUGGUGCAUUGAAACAGGAAGAGGAUUGGCCGUUCAAGAGAGAUUAUCUGAAUCUGCGAAAAGGAGGAAAUGCGAUGACGGUGGAAAGAUGGCAAUAUUGGAAGAGUCGGUUGGAGAAGUAUGUAAGAGAGGGCUUGCCUGAAAGUGAUUCGGUUGCGAUGGCGAUUCAAGCAAUGAAUGUCGCUGAGAAGGAACAGCAUUGAG